UGGGCGCGCGCUUUGAGAUUGCACUGGCGCAUGAUCAAGAAACGACGUUUCUCGAUGACAUUGCUCAGUUCCAUGCAUUUGAAAAGAUGAAGGCGACGAUCAAGAGCGAAAACUCCGAGGCCAGUGUGCCCAGUGACCGCGACGGUAUUUUUGCUUUGAUACGCGCCGAGACGUCAUUCAUCGCGGUCGACCGGCUCAUCUUCUCCACUUUGACGAACUGGAUCAAGUCGACGCUCGAGGCUUCGAUCGCAUCGGCGCCCACGCCUGCCGCAAAAGCCCAGCGAUGGGCCAACCUCGGAGUUGCGAUACAAGGCGAGUUUCAACACGCCGACGCCGAGCGCUGCUUCCGCCAAGCCGUCAACUUGUUUACGCUUGCCAACAGGCGAUACGCCGUCGAGUCACUUCAUGCGCAGGUGACGUUGGCCUAUUGCAUUGCCUACCAGCGCAAGCCCCGAAGCCAGUGGGAACCGCUCAGUCUUGCCACGAUCCAAGCGGCGACCGAGCACUUUGGCGAGACGCACGACUCGACGCUGCACGCGCGAUCCAGCUAUGCGCUCGCACUUAGCUGGAACUACGACUUGUACAUGGCGUUGCCGCUCUAUCUUGAGCUCUAUGACAUUUCACGCCACAAGUACGGCCUCCACGACCAGCGCACGGCCGACAAGAUGAAGACGAUCGGCGGUAUCUAUUGUCAACGUGGUACUCAUCGCGUCGGCGCGCGCUGGCUCCGAAAAGCACUGACGAUACUUGAAGCAACCCUCGGCCCCGACCACUCUGCGACGACGGUGACCGCAUCGCACCUCGUUGGCGCGUACAUGUUUAUGGGUGAGCUCGCGAUCGCGCUCCCAUUGAGUCAGCGGCUCGCGGCUACUGCGGAGCGGACGCUCGGGCCCGACAACAGCGACACCAUUCUCCACAAGAUGAACGUCGCGGCGCUCCAGCUCAUGACGAACAGCGUACCAGAGGCUACGUCGCUUCUCCUCCAACUCGAAGCGUCUUUGGCCCAGCGCGCCGAGCUCACGCGCCAGCUGCGCGACCAGCUUCGUGAUGUGCGAGCCAACUUGGGUCUGGCCUACUGGAUCAACGGCAACGAUGCGUCAGCGAUGGCCUACUACACGCGCAUCCUGGAGAGUCACCCAAGCAAAGACAACAUGUUGCUGCUCUACCACUUUGCCGACGACCUGUCCACGUCGUCGAGACUACGCAAAGGCGCACUCGCCCGUGUUCGAGCCUUUGUCGUCGCGACACAAGAUCCGGCGCCCGAGACGUGGUGCGAGACGUGCACGUCGUGCUGCGAGCCGAUCGUCGGUCGCCGCAGCAUGUGUCAAAUGUGUCCCAAGACGCUCUUCUUCUUUUGCAGUGCGUGCGUCCAGCAGCAGCCCGCUCGCGUUCAGUCGUUUUGCAAGCACGAUCAACGGACUUCAGUCUACGAGACAGUGACGCCGCCCUGUCGGUUCUUGCUCGAGGACGACUUGAUGAUGAUGAACGACAAGUCCUACGGCGACGUGGAUGCUAAGUACUCCGCGUAUUAUGUAUUGGGGUCUGCGCACAAAGGCUGGACGUCGUUCAUCGCGGUCGAUCGGCUCAUUUUUUCGACUUUGACCACCUGGAUCAAGACCGCGCUCGAAGCAUCGAUCGCUUCAGCGCCCACGCCUGUCGCCAAGGCUGCCCGGUGGCUCCAACUGGGCAUCACGUACCAAGACGAAGUCGACCACGCUCAAGCCGACGCCGUCCGUGUGCUCUGUGCCCACGACACGAGUGCCACCACCUACACGGUGACGCCGCCGCCCCGCCGCUACUUUUUCGAAGCCGACUUGAUGGCGAUCGGCGAUAAACCGUUUGACGUCGUCGACGCGGCGUAUGACGAGUACCGUGCUUUUUGUGAUACGCACGCCGUGCCGAUGGCAGAGCGCCUGCAUCGAACGUCGCUGCCGUCCUUGUGCCGCGACUGGCACCCCAUGGUCUAAGACCUAAACACUAUCCUUUUUGUAUGGAUAUGCA